CAUAGAAAAAAACAACCGAAUGCACUUGUCUACUGUAUUUUCCCAACACGAGAGGGAGAGAAUAGAAGAGAUAAUAAUAUAAUAUAAUAAUAAUAAAAAAAGAUCAACAACAGGAAAAAGGAGUUUCCAAGAUGCACUCGUAUCAUAUCGGUGAUGAUUAGGUUAGGUUUUAACUGAUCCAAAUUCAUCACUGAAUUAGCUUCUCCAAAGUUUUUUUUUUUUUUUUAACUGAAAACCCUAAUUGAAGAAGAAGUAAAAGUGAAAUUGGGGGGUUUGUGGAAGCUUGAAUGGGUGCUCAAGAGAAGUCUUGUACCACCAACAACUCCAUGCAGCGUGUAAAGGUCUAUCGUCUGAAUGAUGAUGGGAAGUGGGAUGACCAGGGAACAGGGCAUGUAACUGUAGAUUAUCUAGAGAGAUCGGAAGAACCAGGUUUGCUUGUAACCGAUGAAGACGAGCAUGAAACAUUGCUUCUGCACCGCAUCAGUGCAGAGGAUAUCUACCGUAAGCAAGAAGAUACAAUUAUUUCUUGGAGGGAUCCGGAGCUUUCAACUGAACUAGCUCUUAGUUUUCAGGAGACCACUGGUUGCUCAUAUAUAUGGGACAGCAUUUGUAGUGUGCAGAGAAACAUGCAAUUUAGGAGCCUUAAUUACGAGACAUUUCAUAGUGCCAACAGUGAUUCGAGGGAACUGCCUCCAGUAGAGCUAUCUACGCUUCCCUUGAUAUUAAAGACAGUUGUAGAGAGUGGCGUUGCUGGUCAGUUGCGUGUGACAGAACUAAUAUUGCAUGAUCAAGUUUUUUUCGGAAAGCUGAUGGAUUUAUUCAGGAUCUGUGAAGACCUGGAGAAUGUUGACAGUCUUCACAUCAUUUUCAAAAUAGUUAGAGGAAUUAUUUUGUUCAAUAGUUCCCAGAUCUUUGAAAAAAUAUUUGCUGAUGAGUUGAUUUUGGAUACUAUUGGAUGCCUUGAAUAUGAUCCAGAGGCACCACAUAUCCAUCACCGCAGUUUUCUGAAGGAGCACGUCGUAUAUAAGGAGGCUAUACCUAUCAAAGAUCCGGUAGUUCUUUCAAAGAUACGUCAAACUUAUAGAGUUGGCUAUCUAAAGGAUGUCAUGUUGCCUCGAAUGUUGGAUGAGGCAACAAUAGCAAAUCUCAAUUCCAUAAUCAGUUCGAACAAUGCAAUGGUUGUAUCUCGCCUAAAAGAUGAUAACACCUUUAUUCAGGAAUUAUUUGCAAAGUUGAGGUCACCUACUACUUCUGCAGAAUCCAAGAAAUAUUUGAUACACUUUUUGCAUGAGUUUUGCACCUUGAGUAAGAGCUUGCAGAUGGUCCAGCAAGUUCGGCUAUUCAGGGAUCUUGUUAGUGAGGGCAUAUUCGAUAUUAUAGUUGAUGUUUUGCAGAGCCCCGACAAGAAGCUUGUGCUGACGGGGACAGACAUUCUGAUUCUCUUGAAUCAGGACCCGAAUCUUCUGCGGUCUCAUGUAAUUCGUCAGGAAGGUCUUACCCUUUUUGGACUUCUGAGAAUUGCUCGCUUGAAGCGUGAAGCGGGCCUUGUCGCUUUUUUCUGCUUCGCGCUUCCAAAAACACUGUCCCAGCCUCUCUACCUUCACAAGGUCAGAGGUAUGCUAACAGAUUUUGGGGAUGACAUGCACUGCCAGUUUAUUGAAAUUCUUCGCAGUCUAUUAGAUUCAUAUGCAUCAGGAUUACAGAGAGACACUAUUGUUGAAAUUUUCUACGAGAAGCACCUAACUGGACUGGUUCAAGCUAUAACAGUAUCCUGCCCCCAAAAUGGGGAUUCACUAUCUGUCAGUGAGUCUGCAACCUCAAGCGUCGAUGGAGGAAAUGGGAAUCAAAGUUGUGUGAAGCCUGAAAUACUACUAAAUAUAUGUGAUCUCUUAUGUUUUUGUGCCGUGCACCAUCCUUAUAGAAUAAAGUGCAGCUUUCUUCUUAAUAAUGUGGUAGAUAAAGUUCUGUUGUUGACACGAAGAAGAGAAAAGUACCUAGUAGUUGCUGCUGUUAGAUUUGUGAGAACUCUCAUUUCCCGCAAUGAUGAGUAUUUGAUGAAUCAUAUCGCCGAGAAGAAUCUUUUAAAACCAAUUAUUAAUGCUUUUGUUGCAAAUGGAGAUCGCUACAAUCUUCUGAACUCGGCUGUUCUAGAGCUUUUUGAGUACAUACGUAAGGACAACUUAAAAAUAUUGCUCAAGUAUUUAGUGGACACAUUCUGGGAUGAGUUGGUCAAGUUUGAAAAGUUUUCAUCCAUCAACUCUCUGAAAGUUAAAUGUGAGCAGUCCCUAGAGGAUUCAGGGAUGAGAAGUGUUGGCGAUUUAUUAGACCCGAGGAAACGAGUUGAUGAGCGUAGUAUAGAGAAAGAAGAAGAAGAGUAUUUCAAUGAAGACAGUGAUGAGGAAGAUUCCGCAUCAGCCUCUGUGGCCAAUGCAAGCAGAGUGAAUUCUCAUCAGGCUGUGCUGAAUGGAUCUGCUCCGAGCGACACAUCUGUUAGAUCCGGGGAAGUUGUUGACUAUGAGGAUGAUGACGACGAUGAAGAUUAUAAGCCACCACCUAAGAAGCAGUCAGAAAUUCCUGAUGAAGAUGGAGCGGACUCUUUCCCCUUGAAACGGAAGGUGGCUCCAAAAGAAGACCCUGAGCCGAAAAGGUUGCAGCGUGUUGCUAAGGAUUCCAAAUCAAGGGACAGUGUUUUUGCUGCUUUAUGCUCAACCUUAAGUCAAGCCGUGUUGCCCUCCAAAAAUACAGAAAGUCCUGCACCUGGUAGCCCUUGUUCUGAUGAAAACAAGAAAUCUGUUGAGGUCAAACAUGAUGAGGAAGGAAGUCUUUCUGAUAAUGGUAGUGCUGAUUUGGAUAAUCAUGCCAACAAACAAGCAACUUCUCCUAAAAGAUUAGCUGAAAGCUUGCACAAAUCUCCAGAUAGUAGGAAGCAUGAAGAAGACUGUCCAUUGAUACAACCGAAGUCAUCUCCUGAAAUGGCUGUAAAUGGAUCGUAAUAUUUAAGAUUUGGGAUGCCAUUUUGUGUCCUGUCAUGAUCAACUAUCUUGAGCAUGUGCUUUUGCAGACAAGCUAAUCUGGACAAGUUCCAGAACGCGAGUUCGGUUAAUUGGUGAUUGUGGGAUUUUAUGAGUAUUGGUGGAGAGGAGUCUGUACAGUGCUGUAACAAGCGUGGGGAGUGAUUAGUGGCUUCUCCAAACGCAUCAUAGCUAGAGAGUUUUCUUCUAUUUUUUGCUUCAUCUUUUCUCCACUUUCCUUACCGUAGUUACAAGAGUCAUAUUUAGUAGGGCAUCAAUUUUUGACCUUGCGAGGUGUUCUUAUGUCUAGUGGUCAAUGAUGACCAACAGUUACUGAGAGAGGUUAGUGAAUCCUGCUUGAGGCCAAGGUUCCUACUCAUGUUUGUGUAACUUAUAGGGAAUUGUACAUUAUCCUAAUUCCAGUGAAAACAUUGCCUACUAGUAUAUAUAUUUGAGAUAAACAGCACUGGUGGUAUGACAAAUAGAGAAAGCUUGUCUGGUC